AUGGUUCAGAAGAAUGAGUCUUAUAGCUCUCCUUCUGGCGACGGUCAAGGUAACGGAGUGAGAAUGUCAACUUCCUUUCACAGUGGAACUCGCCUUAAUCUGCCUUUCUACGGCCAGAGUACUGACUCCAUCGUCGUAUACGUCCUUACACUCGUCGUGUUCUUCUUCCUUGCGUGGUGGAACAGGUACUUGGUCGCCGUCCGGGAUAAACUUGAGAACAAAAUCAUCGAAGCGCGUGCCCUUGAAGCCCUGGGAAGACUUCCUCACCACCGACGCAGAGCUCGCUUCAAGGCUCGCCUCAGUUCUCUUCCAAGAUUCGUGCGGAUCAACAGGGAGAACCAUGCUCACGCCGACGACGAACCGAUCGAGAUGCUCGCACACCAUGCUGAACGAGUGGGCAAUCAUGGAUCCACCGCUGAUAACCUGUCCCCGAUUGAGUCGACUGCGCAGAAGUCGGUCUCGUACUAUGUCUGGAUGCGAGCAUUGGCGGAGAUUCUUAGGGCCUUUAUCGCGUUUGUCUUAAUGAUAGGGAUCAUUGGUCUUAAUAUCGGUGUUCUCUGUGUCGUACUCGCAGGAAUCCUCGCAGGGGAGCUGAUCAAAGGAUGGGCACAUGCGCCAGCUUGA